GUUCAAUAAAUUCACACUGAGCAUCAAACAGAUAAUGAUGGCUGGUUCGUUGGACUUAAAACGAGUUUUACUCUGUGAUAAUGUGGAUAGCUGCUGUAAAGACAUACUAGAAGCAAAUGGCAUUGCUGUAGAUGUGAAAAAUAAGUUGACGAAAGAAGAAUUACUCGCUGAAAUCACGAAUUAUGACGGAAUCGUUGUCCGUUCUGCGACGAAGGUGACAGAAGAUGUGAUAAGAGCUGGUAAAAAGUUAAAGAUAAUUGGUCGUGCUGGCACUGGGGUAGAUAACAUAGACAUUCCUUCGGCAUCGCUCAACGGUGUACUCGUCAUGAAUACUCCAGGAGGAAAUACACUGAGUGCUGCGGAGCAGACAUGUACAUUGAUUUGUUGUCUUUCAAGGCAUAUUGCACAGGCAGCAGCAUCGAUGAAAGAAGGAAAAUGGGAUAGAAAGAAGUUUAUGGGCAAUGAAUUGUUUGACAAGACUCUUGGUAUCAUUGGAUUAGGAAGGAUUGGAAGAGAGGUGGCAUUAAGGAUGCAGUCUUUUGGAAUGAAGACAAUUGGGUAUGAUCCAUUAGUAUCAGCUGCUGAUGCUACUGAGUUCAAUACUGAGUGGAUGGAACCCGAUCAAAUCUGGCCUAAAGCAGAUUACAUCACUGUGCAUGUCCCACUCAUACCUCCUACUACAGGAAUGUUAAAUGACAAGACGAUAAGUAUGUGCAAGAAAGGAGUGUAUCUUCUGAAUGUAGCCAGGGGAGGUAUUAUAGAUGAAGAGGCUUUGUUAAGAGGUCUUGAAUCUGGACAUGUUGGGGGAGCUGGUCUAGAUGUGUUUGUAACUGAGCCACCCACAGGUGCCUCAGCACAACUGGUUCAGCAUCCAAAGGUGGUAGCAUGUCCUCAUCUGGGAGCCAACACAGUUGAAGCUCAGAAGAGGGUUGCAAAGGAGAUGGCAGAACAGUUUGUAGAUGCUGCUAAAGGAAAAUCUACAUUUGGUCUUGUUAAUGUACCAUUUGAUCUGUGUGAAGCUCUCAAACCAUCUUCUCUUGUUUCCUUGGGUCAGACUAUUGGUAAGGUGGCAGUAAACCUUGCUGGUGGCAAGGUAACCAAGGUAACAGUCAGUACAGAAGGUUCAGAGAUGAAGGCCCAUAGAUACCUAACAGCUGCUGUGUGUAUUGGGAUUCUGUCAAAGCCUGAAGUCAAUCUUGUUAAUGCUGCAGCUCUUGCAAAAGUUGCUGGAAUUGAGGUGAGAUCAAGCCACACGGCCCAAUCAAACCCUCAUUAUCCAAAGACAUUAUCAGUUAUGGUUCAACAUUCAGCUGGUGAAGUGACAUUACUGGCAAGUAUGAUAGGUCAAAAUACUCCUGCACUUAUCCAAUAUGGCAAGCACAGCUUCAGUAGUCCUGUGCCUCUAUCAGAUCAUCUCUUAGUUUUUAAGAGUAAAUUAGAUCCAGUAGAGGUACUCUCUAAGCUUCUGCCUGUACUUCAGUCAUCUGGUUGUAAAGUUAAGGGUUUCUUUACUGCUGCUGGCAGUGGUACAGAUGAAUGUAUUGGUGUGGUUAGUACCUCAUCUGCUGUUGGGUUGGAUAAAGACCUUGGAGAAAAUGUUAUUGUAUACCCUCAACUAUCAUUUUAGACGCCUACUAGUUAUGAUUAAUAUAUUUACCUUGAAAGUUCAAAGACAAGAAAAUUAUUGAUUAAUAAAAUUUUGUCACAUCCUGCAUAUUUACCUCAACGAGUGAUUACCGAAAAGCCUCCGUGAUCUCAGCUUUGUUUUAUUUUUUUUGAACCCAUGUAUUGAAUGUGUUGAACA